AUGAUUGGGAAAGUUAGCGAACUCAAGGAUGAGAUCGACGAGGAAGAGUGGGAGGUGCAGUUGGACUUGGAACCAGGAAUGGUCGAAGUGGACAACCGCCGGAGGGCCGAGCAGAUCCGGAACGAUCUGCAAGACUGCUUGGUCAACAGAGCGCACACCGAGAUCUUGAAGCUUAGCGGUCAGGAUUUCAACGAGAGCGGCUCAAUGGUGACAAUCAAGAACGCGAUGGAGGGCGAGAUGGUCACGAUCAAGGACGCGGUGGAGGGCGAGAUGGUUACGAUCAAGGUUUCCGUCCGACUGGCGAUCAAGGCCUAUGCCAACACGAUCCACAGGAGGCCUGACCAGUUCCAAGUGAAUACGAAGCGAUUAACCCUGAAGUACCCCGAUGUGACCGCCGGGAAGAUCUUUCACGAAGAGGCAGCGAUCGAAGAGCACGAGAAGACCAUUCCGGGCAACUACGGCGUGACCAAUGCGAUGGCGGCAACCGCAGGAAAGUACACCCUUCAUGAUGGUACGGUGGCGGUGGUGGCCCACAGCACCGAUAGCCUACCGGCACCAAGCCCCGAGGAGGAGCUUCCUGAUAUCGAGCGGCCUCCGCCACUACCGGCAGCGGCUGGACGGCCGGCGGGAGAAGAGGCCCGUCAAGGAGCCCCUCCUCGUGCAGACUUGUUUAUAAAUGACCUGGUUGGGGUUGACACAGUCUUCGGAACCACAGGUCUCACCGAACGUGCCGGUGGAAUCUUCCAGGACAUUCUCUACAAGGAACCGCCGGAUGACACCGACGCCAACCGCGCCAUGCGAAUGAGGAAGGCAACUGCAACCGUGUUUCACGAGGCGGACUGUGACCAGGACUUGCACAGGCUCGCUGCCGAAGAACCUCGAGAAAAACGAAGCCACGUCGAGCUCCUGGAGAUGUACCACAUGAGCUUGACUAUGCAUACUACGCUGGCGAAACGCCGGAAGAAGGAAGCUCGAUUAAAGGACUUCAAGGGCGAUGAUGGAGCUCGAGUUGAUCGAGCUAUUCUCAAGGAGGUGAACAACAAUUUGGAGACGAGCGCCUACAAGAUCCUCUCCUCGCAGGCCCAGUCCGAAGGCUUUCAGAUCGCCAGCACAGGCAAGCCGGGACUCCGAUAUCUUCGCGGCCCAGGAGGGGAUCCCCGGAAUGCACAAGGACCAGAUUCUUAUGCGGAUGCCAAGCACAAGCUCGGGACGAACCAAAAGGAGAAGGGUUGCUUCACUGGGAAGGAUAUCUCCUUACAGCCGGACGGCUCUAUGCUUAUCCAGGAGUUCUAUGUCAAGGAGAAGGUAUCCGACCUCAUCGAGUGCAACAAGAUCAUCGACGAGGCCAUCCAGCAAAGUAAAUUGGGCAUCCGUGUGAUGCCAAUCGAUUGGAAAGACCUGCGGGUCUCGGUUGUGACCGAUGCGGCAUGGGGCAACUUAACUUACGAGAUCAGCUUUGGAUCGAGAACUCCGAGGAAGAUUUUCGGAGCAGCCCAAGCAGCCGCUGCGCCGCUGCGCCGCUGCAGCCUGGAAGAGCUAAAGCUGUGGACUUUGGCGGCCGAAGGCCAGGCCUGGAGAGCGGAGUCGAUGCGGAUUCCUGUCUUGGAGCGUUUACGAUGCGGCGCACCACAGGUGGAUCGACACUCGAGCGAUGACUGCCGAUCCGCUGACAAAGGCCCAUCCAGCAGCCUACCUUCGGUAUGUGAUGUCAGCAGGCAAGUGGCUCUCGAAAUGGCCCAGAAUCGCACAAGAAUGCAAUCCCCUCUCAGCUCAAGCUUGGCGUAUCGAGAAGCUACCGAACCCGCGGGCAUGGAGCCGACGACAGAAAGACACGACGAAGGCGUGGGUAAACCACGCACGUUCUUGUCAAGACUUUUCGAAGGGGUUCGGCAUCGGGGAUGGUGGCGGCGCAUCACAUGCCGCCGGAGCUUCGCCAUGCCAGCCGCCCCGGGCAGUGAAGGCCCGCCAGCCGUGGCAGGGGUGCCCGCGAGCGCAGAAACUCAGAUGCUUUUGGGGGAGGUGGCAAGAUGCAGUGACACAGAACAGAAGGCGGUUGCGGGGCAGGAUGGAAGAGCCUCUGCAGGCUCGGCCGGAGAAGCUGCGAGAUGCUCUGAGCGGAGCACAGCGGCUCCACUCGGGCCGCCGGCGUCAAGAGCCGACGAGCAUCACCAGAGUUGGCGCACGACUUCGACUUUUCUGCCGGUGUUUUUGUCUGGCUUUUUGGUAGAUGAGGGAGGAGCUUAA